AUGGGGAAAAUAUGGGUUGAGAUCUGCUUAAUUUCUGGUCGGGGACUCCAGCGCACGUCGGCCCUUUGGAAGCUACAAUGGUUUGCAGUUGGAUGGAUCGAUCCUAAAGACCAGUAUUGCACCAAGAUCGAUGCUUCAGGAAACAACAAUCCAGUUUGGAAAACCAAAUUUUCAAUUGCAGUUGACACUUCCGAACCAAACUUUCGAGAUUUGGCUGUUCAUGUUGAAGUUUAUAGUAGAGAGCCAAUCUUUCUUAGGCAAAGCCUCCUGGGAACUGCAACUAUUGGUUUGAAAGAAUUUAUGGACAAAUACAUUAGUGAUUCCGAGGUUCGAAAGCCCGUUGAAGAAGUAGGGAGUUUUCAGCUAAGAAAAAAGAACUCCAACAAACCUCAAGGAUUUGUUGAUAUCUCAAUUCAAAUAUCAGAGGAAAUGAAAGACCCCGGUUCAUCUUCUCUAGGUGGGCAGGAAGAGUAUAAUUUCAUGGAUCAUAGUGGCGGCAUUAAACUGGUUAGUCGAUAUGGAACUCAAGGAGAUUACCAGCCACAACUGCCGCAGACACAACCUCAGCAACUAGCAAACCAUCCACUGACAAAUAGCCAAUAUGCCCAUCCAAUGCCAUUUCCUACAAAUUAUUCCCAGCCACCAAACUAUGCACCAGUCGGUGGACCUAGCUAUCAACCAAUUCCUACAAAUUAUUCACAGCCACCAAACUAUCCACCAGUCGGUGGACCUAGCUAUCAACCGGUCAGAGGACCUAGCUAUCAACCACCUCUAACUCCAGCACCACCACCACCACCACCACCUCCUUCUAAUGUUGGUUACAUACCGACAUUCCUCCCAAGAACAAAUAAUGUGCCAUCCAGUUUUGUAAAUAUGCCUUCUUCAGCAAGACCACCAGGAACAGGAAGGGGUGGACCUGGUUUUGGAAUGGGGGUAGGAGCAGGAGCAUUAGCCGCUGGUGCCAUGAUAUUCGGUGAUGAUUUCAUGUCAGGAUUUGAUUUUCCCGGUGGCUUACAAGAUGCUAGUCUUACCAUAUCAGCUAAUCCUCCUUUUUAG